AAACCUAAUCGCUAAUCUAAAAUAACACAAUUUUGUUUGCAUAUUACUUAGAAAAUAAUAUGUAAACAUCCCUUGGUAUAGAUGAUGCCCAAAGAAAUAGAAGAAUGAAUCAUUUUUCCUAAAUAUUAAGUGCCUUCGACAUUCUAUUAUUGUUUUAUAAUUAUAUUUACAAUGAGUUGUUGUAUAUUGACCUGUGUGAACAGUGAAGCAUCCAGUGCACCAUAUGAAGAUGUUACCUUUUACAAAAUACCCACCGAGUAUCACUUGAAGCAGCUAUGGACAGAAGCCAUUGGCAUACCAGAGUGGCAGCUACGGCCUAAUAGUGAAGUAUGUUCUGCACAUUUCGGAGAGCUUGACUUUACAAUCUCAGAGACUGGAGAAAAAAUUAUUUUGGAAGGUGCUGUCCCCAGCUUAUGUCUUAACACCCCAGAAGACUUGCAAUCAAUAGCUGAUUUUAGAACCUGCAGAGUGUGCCUGGGCAUGGACAGGAGGAUGUACCACAUCAGGGACUACAACCUACAUCAUGCUUAUGAGAUGCUUCUUGGAAUCAUGGUAGAGACUGUUGAUCGGCUGCCCAAGAUGCUGUGCUGGGAGUGCACCAGCAAGUUAAACUCAAUAAAAACAUUUAAGGAGAAGGCACUUAGGACACAUCUACUUUUAUCUGAAAGACUAGCCAUAAGCAAUAUACUAACAGUCAGUGAUAUAAAAUCUAUAAACAGAAUUAAUUUUAAUUUGAAUUCACAUCUUACGCUGAAAUACAACGAGCCAGAUUCCUAUGACGUGCACAUAGACCACGACCAAUUGGAUAUACUGCAGGAGAUUAAAAUAGAGUGCAGCAAGUUGACGGAGGAACCCAAGCAUGAGGUAGAAGAUGUGGACUUCAAACUAGAAGACGGUGUUAAGGAUGAGGUGAACCAUAGUUUCAGUGACAGUGACGACAUAGAACUCAGUGAGUUGAGGACUAAAAAAGUAAGAAAGCGCAAGGGGAAAGUGAAAAAGGAGGGGACAGAAGCAAAGAGGAAGAAGCGGGUGAAGAAAGAAGAGGUUAAGGAGAAGGUAGAGGAUGAGGAUGAACUGGAAAAAUUCCAGCGUGGGCCGGUGAAGCGGCGCGUGCGCAGCUACGACAUCAGCGACAGCCACUUCGACACGCGGCCACUCACGCUGGAGGAGCAGCUGGCGGAGCUGCAGGCGCGCGCGCACUCCGCCUCCUACCUCGCCGCGCCGUACAAGUGUGACGUCUGCUACAAGGGGUUCAAGUCCGCCGACACGCAUGGACUACACGUGGUGCGGCAUAGCGAGAAGUACGGCGAGUUCGAGUGCUUCAUCUGCAAGCGGCGGUUCAAGAACGCGCGGCACCUGCGCCUGCACGUGACCAGCCUCCACACCGAGCAGUUCAGCUGCAAGGCCUGCGACUUUGUCACCAGAUGCCGAGGCAUAGCGAUUGACCAUCAGAAGUGGCACUCGGGCAAUACAUACGAGUGUCCGCACUGUCCGUCUAAAUUCGGCAAAUUCACGUCGUACAUGUCGCAUUUACGGAUCAAGCAUUCGUCGCGAUUUGCGUGCGAGCUCUGCGGAUACACUUUCGUCAGCAAACGCGGCGUCGAAAUGCACAAGGCCAAGCGACACAAACUGCAGGACGCACAGCAUCCACAGAUGAAGCUGGAUGGCCCGUACUGCGAGGAGUGCAAGCUGCGGUUCGCCAACGACGAGGCGUACCUGCGGCACCUCACGCAGUCCUCCGUACACAGCAGCGACAAUGACCCCAACCGCAUCCGCAACGACUGGGGCUGCAAGGAGCAGCUGGGCGUGGUGCGGCGCACGCGCAAGCGGCGCGCGCCCGGCGUCGUCACGCACUGGGUCGAGAACACCGACAGACCCAAGCAGAACAUACCGUGCGAACAGUGCGGCGAACAAAUGGACAGCUAUCGGUCGUACGCGCAACACUUCCGCAUGGCGCACCCCGGCCUCAACCGCACUAAGUUCUCGCGCGUCACUGGCGCCUGCAUGUGCGAGCAGUGCGGCAAGAUGUUCGCGUGCAAGGCGCUCCUGCUCGACCACAUGAUGUCGCACUCCGGCGAGAAGCGGUUCAAGUGCGAGACGUGCGACAAGGCGUUCACGAACAAGAACAAUCUGGCCGUGCACCAGCGCGUCCACGGAGCGCAGGUCCCCACCUACCGCUGCCCGUUCUGCGAGCGUCAGUUCCACUUCUACCAGAACUGCAACCGCCACGUGAAGACCGUGCACAAGGGCGUGAAGCAGUUCCAGUGCGAGAUCUGCGGCAAGGAGUUCACGUCGGCGGCCGGCCAGCGCGCGCACGUCGACCACGUGCACCACAAGAAGCCCCGCCCCAAGCGCGUGCGCGCGCGCGCACCACCCGCCCCGCCCACCGCCUACCGUGACUAACAAAAUUGGAUGUUUUAGGGUUAAAUCCAUAAAGUUAAUAUACCUAGCGGAAUUGUCAACGUGCGGCACG